AUGCAGUCGAAGCAACUUAUGCCGAUCCUAACAUAUCAUUCUCCAGGCACUAUUCCUUCUCCUCUUCAGCCUGGCAUUGUAUCCAACUGCGAUGAAUUCUACCUUGUAAAGCCCGGCGACAUCUGCGUCGACAUCGCCAGCGCAAAAGACAUUCCUCUCGAGGACUUCCUCGCCUGGAACCCGCAAGCCGGCGACACAUGCGCCAACCUGCUAGCCGAUGCCUACGCUUGUAUUUCCGUAACCGGGCACACUCCUACACCUACGAAGCCGUCAAACGGGAUCGAGACGCCGAGGCCCAUUCAGGACGGCAUGGUGGACAACUGCAACAAGUUUCAUUUUGUGGAGAGUGGUGAGACCUGCCCGGCUAUCCAGGAGGAGUAUGAGGUUAGCCUGGAGGACCUUGUCAAGUGGAGUGAGUAUCCCCGCGUUCUGAACACCGCGCUGAAGAUGAUGGCUAACGUUGUGUGUGCGUGUGCUUAG